AUGAAUCUAACAAUAAAUAAUAACGAUACAACAAUAAAAUUAUUAAAUGGAUCUCUAUGGUUUCAACAAUUUCAACAAAAAUUUUUAUAUUCUCAAUUUGGAACAUCACAUCAACGAAUUUUACGUCCACAACAACAACGUAAAAGAUUUUCUUAUUUACAAAUGAUUGAAAUUUGUUUACUUUAUUUUAUUCUUAUGGAAAAUUUAAUUAUAUUUAUAUUAACAUAUCAAAAAAAAUUAUCAAAACAACCUUUAUUUAAUACUAAUGAUCCACAACAACAACAACAACAAUCUCAACAACAAUCUCAACAACAUCGUUCAAUUAUUUUUCCAUCAAAAUCUGUACUCUAUAAUUGUUUGCAUCGUAAUUGGAUACGUGCAUAUUCAUUUUCUAAUGUUUGUCUUUCACUUGUCUAUUUUAUAAUUUUAAUUAUAAAACACUAUCAUCCAAAUCUUUUACAUUAUUCAUCUAUAACAUUUUAUUCUUUACCAUUAACACUUGUACAACAAAUAUUAAUUAAUUUCAGUACAUUUCAUUUAUUUAUUAUAUCAAUAAGUAUUUUACAAUAUUUUAUUCGUUAUUAUCGUUUAAUUAAAAACAAAUAUACAUUAAAUGCAUAUAAUGGAAAAAAUCUUUUAAUUACAAAACAUACAAAUGUUGCUUUAAUUUUAAGUGGUUCAUUAGCUCUUAUAUUUGGUUAUAAUUAUAUAUUUUAUACACCAAAACAUUCACAAACAAUAAAAUUACUCCCAUUAAUUACAUUGAAUAUGAUAUUAUUACCAUUAAUUGAUUUUAUUAUUUUCAUAUUUAUUAUUGUUUGUUGUAUUAUUAAUCUAUAUAAAAAUAAUAUUUUAAUAGAACAUGAUAUAUUAUUUGAUAGUCAACUUCAACAACAGCAGCUAACAAAUAAUAUACGUUCAACAGUUGAAAAAAGUACAUGUACUAAAUGUUAUACAAAAUUUUUACAACAAAAUCGAAAUAUAUUUCAAGAUACCGAUCCAUAUACAAGUUUACAUUCACAAUUCUUUGGUGCUCAUCGAGGAUCAAGUACACUUCCAUCAUUAACACGAUUAGAUGAUAAAAGAAAAUAUUCAACAAUAUCUUAUGAAAAUAUUCCAAUGAUAAAUGAUUAUCAUUCACGUUUACGUGCAUCUUAUCCAGGUCAAACAAAUCGAAAUUUUCAUUUAAAUAAAUGUAAUCAUUCACAACAAGAUUUUUCUCAAGAACAACAAAUGGAUAUAAGACAAAAUUCAACAAAUGAUUUAUUUUUACAAACAACAUUAAUUAAAUUAAAACGACAACGUUCAUCUUGUCAUUUAUGUUAUCGUUUAUUAUUAUUAUUUCUUCUUAAAUAUGUUUUAUGUACAUUUCCACAACAUAUGAUUCAAAUGUUAUUUCAUUUAAAACAAUUUUAUGAAUAUAUUAUUAAAGAUAAUUUAUCAAAUAAUAUACUAUUUGAACAUAAUGAAUUAAUAUUAACAAUAUGUCGAUUUUUAUUUUUAUUUGGACGUUUUGGUGAUAGUUUAUUAUUAACACAUUUACCAAAUUUAAUAAAAAAAUAUUUUCCAUGUUGGUGUCAUUUUAAUUCAAAAUUAUUAUGUAAAAAUGAAUCAUAUCAACGACCAUCACAUCAAAUAUUAGUAAAAAAUACAGAUUCAUCAAUACAUGAACCAUUAUCAGGUGAUAAUUUAUCAAUUUCAAAUGAUUUAAUAAAUCAACAAGAAUUACAACAGCAACGACAAAAUUUGAGUAUGAAAGAAUUUUCUCAUACAAAAAAUCAUCAUUUUCGUUUACGUUUUCAAUUUGUUCCUAUAUGGUCAAAUAAACGACCAAGAUUAUUUAAAGAAAAUUGUUAA